AUGAAAGGUCGCUGGAAACGUCUUAACGAAAAUGGAAACAAAUGGGUUGCUGCUUGCAGGGAAGCAAAUGCUCGAAGAAGGAGUGGCAUGAGCGACAACGAUGUUGAGAAAGAAGUUCAUUCCAUUUACGAAGCAGGUAGAAAUAAGUUUCUAGACUUUGUUGUAUUUAAUGAAGUUAUGAGUAAACAUCCCAAGUGGAAUGUUCAUGAUAUCACCCAUGUUUUUCGUCGUCAAAGUGAAGAUGUUGAUGACCAGGAAAGUGGUGGCAGUUCGAAAAGAUCAAAGACUUCGGAAGAUGGGGGAUUUUCUAUCCCUUCUAAUCCAGAAACUCCAACAUCUGAACAGUCAACUGCGACUUGUCCCAUUGGAAGAGAUAAGGCAAAAAGGAGAAAAGGUAAGGUCUCACAAUCUGAAUCUACUCAUGAAUCUGCUGUUGCUGCAGAACUUCGUGCAAUGAGACUUACUAGAGAUGCGGAAGCUGAGUUAAUAAAGACUCGAAUCGAACUGGAGCGCGAGAAGUUGCAAAGAAACGCAAUGAAGAUGAAAGAAAAAAUGUUGCUUCAAUUGUUGGUGAAAGAUCACUUAUCUCUAGAAGACGAAGAGAUGAAACGUCAACUAACUAAAAUUGUGUUUGGAGAGUGA